AUGUCACGGGACCCGUACUCAAGCGGAAGUGGAGUAGUAGGGCCGGGUGGCGGUACUCGUUCGCCGCGAAGCGGUCGUCGCGUGGGCGAGCUGCCCACGGUCGACCGUAGCCCGUCGAGGAGCUAUGCCAGCGGUCGCGGCAGUCCAUUAGGUCGCAAGAGAGUAACCCGUAGCGGGAACAACUCGCCGGAGCACCUCGGAUACGGCAGCUACCAUCACCAUCAGCUGGGCAGUCCGUACUACUCCCGCGACGAGGACCUCGCCAGUCCCGUGAUGCUCGAGGAGAGGGGCAGGAGUAUGUCAACCGGGGGCGGUGGGGGCGGACAUCACAGAUCCAGAAGCGCCUCGAGACCCGCCAUGUCCAGCUCGGCGGGCAUGUCGGCGCGGUACACCAGCCUGGAUCGUGCAUCCGCGGGUAUCCUCGAUCACGAUCGCGAGUUCCUGCCCAUACGUGAUCCUCGUGAACGUAGCAGAGACCGUGGACUCUAUUUGGAAGAUGACCUGUACGGUUCGAGAUCGGCUAGGCAGAGCCCUAAUCCUCACAUGCUGCGCGACAGCGGCGGGUACAUCGGUGAACUCCAGCAUCAGAACAACGAUCUCCAACGAGAGCUCGGGAACCUCAAGAAGGAGCUCGAGCUGACGAACCAAAAGCUCGGCAGCUCGAUGCACAGCAUCAAGACCUUCUGGAGUCCCGAGCUCAAGAAGGAGAGAGCGCUGAGAAAGGAGGAGAGCACCAAGUACAGCCUGAUCAACGAACAGCUGAAGCUGCUCAACUCCGAGAAUCAGAAACAAAGCAUGAUGGUUCGCCAACUGGAAGAGGAGCUGAGAAUGCGGAUGCGCGGACCGAGCGUCGAGUUGCAGCAGCAAAUGGAGGUUUUGUACAACGAGAACGAGCAUCUGACGCGAGAGAUCGCCAUACUUCGCGAUACGAUCAAGGAGCUGGAAUUGAGAAUAGAGACGCAGAAGCAGACCCUGCAAGCACGAGAUGAAAGCAUCAAGAAGCUACUCGAGAUGCUCCAAAACAAGGGGAUGGACAGAGACCGUACGAAAAUCUGGACAUCGAGCAGACCUCCCAAGAGCUUCUCGUUGCUUUCUGCUGUUCCAGGAAAAGAGGAGGAAAGGAUCAUGUUCCAGCAGAUGCAGUCGAUGGCCCAGAAGCAGACACGUUCUUGCCCAUCACGACUUACCACUAUCAUGGCCAAUCGUCGUAAUCGAUGCACGAGCAGCGGGACGGUCCGAAAGUCGUCAAGUCGCGUCAAGGCGAGCCGAUCCCAGGCCCAAGGAAGGACUUUGCGACUGUUUGGCACCGACCUGAUGCGACAUGCGAUAAUACGACGUCGUUCUCCUCGCGAGCUCAAAGCCACGAACGAGAGCCUGAAGAGCCUGCAGACGCAGCUGGAGCUGUCGUAUGCCUCGACCGCGUCAUCCGGAGCGGCCGUUGCCGGCGGAAGUGCUGCUGUUCUCGGGCUAGGUAGCGUAUCAGGUGCAGGAGGUACUGUCCUUGGAGGUAGCGUGGCGGUUCCAGGUGGCGUGCCCGGUAGCACCACCCUGACGGCCAUCUUGGAGACAAAAGACGCGCGCAUACAAACCCUGGAGAAGGAGGUCUCGUUACUUGAGGCUGAGUUACAACGUAUUAAGGAAUGCGGUGGUAGAUUGAGGGAGCAGUUGUUGAAAGCAACCGCCAUACCUAGUGGAGGAGGAGGAGUAGGAACAGCAAUGGCUCAACAACAGCAACAACAACAGACGCUGCAACAACAACAACAACAACAACAAAAUAAGGUUGCCGUAGGAAGUAUCGAGUCGCAAACGCGACAACAACAGGGAUUGGUGACGGCCAUGGGUGGUUCGCAGCAGCCCGGCACGUUGGCUUUGGCCAGGGGACCGUCCGUGAUGACCUCGCUGGUACCGUAUGGCCACACGUCGUCCACGGCAUUAACCAGUUCAUUACUUGCCGGUUCGACAGGUGGGAUCACGAGCGGGGGCGCAGGCGGUGGGGGCGGUUCCUCGUGCCUGGCCGGCAUCUCGUCGGGCGCUACCACCGGCGUGGUCAAUCCCUAUACCGAUCGUUACACCGAUCAUCAUCUACAUCAUCAGCUACUACAUCAUCAUCAUCCUCCUCAUCAUCAUCCACCACCACCACUACCACAACAUCAUCUUCAUCAGCAUCAUCAGCAUCAGCUACAGUUGCAGCAUCAACAUCAAAUCCAGCAACACUUGAAACAAAUUGAGCCUGCGGCGCAGGGCGCACUGGCGCUGCACGCGCACACCUUCAACAAGCACGACAUGAACUUCAAACGGCAACUGGACGAGCUACGGACUGAGGUGCAACGCAGGGACCAGGAGCUGCUCGCGAUGUCCGCGAAGAUGAAGACACUCGAGGAGCAGCACCAGGAUUAUCAGCGGCACAUCACCGUGUUGAAGGAGUCGCUCUGCGCCAAGGAGGAACACUACAACAUGCUGCAGGCUGACGUGGAGGAAAUGCGGCAGAGGCUCGAGGAGAGGAACCGGAUGAUCGAGAAGAAGACGCAGGCGGCUAUGCAGGCGCAACAGGAGCGCAAUCGCAUGAACACUGAGCUUACCGAGCUAAAGGAUCACAUGGACAUCAAGGACAGAAAGAUCAACGUGCUUCAACGUAAGGUGAGUGUGAACGAUAACAGAUGGCAGAUCGAGAAUCUGGAGGACCUGCUGAAAGAGAAGGACAACCAGGUCGACAUGGCCAGGGCGCGUCUAACGGCAAUGCAGGCGCACAACAGCAGCAGUGAAGGCGCGCUUAGUAACCUCGAGGAGGCGAUAGGAGAUAAAGAGAAGCAAAUGGCACAAUUACGGGAACAGAGGGAUAGGGCAGAGCAAGAGAAACAGGAGGAAAGGGAAUUGCACGAGAGAGAGAUCGCAGAGUACAAAAUGAAGAUUCUCUCCCUCGAGUCUGAGGUGGAGAAAUUGGGCGCACGACUGGAGAGAGCACAGGCAGAAAAGGACAGGCUGGAGGCGAAGCUGGAGUGCUCUCAGUCAGAGCUGGGCAAGAGUAAGGCCGAGCUGGACAAAGCUGCGUCCGAGGUUGGUCGCAGCGGCGCCGACUGGGAGGCUGCUAGGCAGAAGUUGACGAAACUCGAGCUGGAGAACGAGAGGCUGAAGAACGAUCUGGACAGGUCGCAAUGUACGUACGGCAGGAGCACGUUGAACUCGUCCCAGGAGAUGGAGAGGGUUCAGGAGAGAGCUGAGAAGGCCGCCACAGAUCUCAGGAGGGCGCAGGCCGAAGUCAGGGUUACACAGGCCGACAACGAGAGGGCCAGGGCUGAGGCUGCUGCUCUUCAAGAAAAGGUGGAGAAAAGUCAGGGUGAGGUGUACAGACUGAAGGCUCGACUGGAGAACGCUCAGAGCGAACAGGAGAGCCUCCGUAACGAGUACGAUCGGGCACAGGCGUCUGUGACUCAUUUGCACUCGGAACGGGACAAGGCUAUCGCGGAAUUGAAGAAAACACAGGAAGAACUGGAACGUACUCAGGCAACUCUCGGCAAGGCACAACUUCAACAGGACAAACUGCAGAAUCUACUGGACCAGACUCAAAGGGAAGUGGACAUGCUACAGGAAAAAUUGGAACAGACGCAAACGGAAGUUCGAAGGAUGCAAAUAGAAAGGGAAAAACAGAAUUACGAUUUCGAGAACCUGCAGAGCCAAUUGGACAAAGCGCUUGGUCAAUCGACGAGAAUGCAGAAGGAACGGGAAACGAUCCAGUUGGAAGUGGUUCGGUUACAGGACAAAUACGAGACUGCUCAGCUCAUAAUACAGCGGCUGCAGAAGGAGAGAGAAGGUGUUCAGGAAGAAAUAGAGAAGCUUCACGAGAAGAUCGAGUUCCACCAAAAUCAAUUAACGAAGAUGCAACGAGAGAAGGAGAACGCGUUGUCGGAGCUUCAGCUGGUUAAGGACAGAUGGGAGAAGGUUCACAGCUCCCAUCAGAAGCUAACCCUUGAACGAGACGACGCGAUGACGGAGAUCCAAAUCCUGAAGGAGAAACUGGAGAAGUUUCAAUACACGAUGACCAAAGCUCAAGAGGAGCGGGAGAACGCGAAGAAGGAGUUCGAAAAAAUGUUGGAGAAGUAUGACAGAGCUCAGAGCGAAGUGUAUCGGCUGCAGAACCGCGUCGAGGUGAUGAUUGCCGACAAAGACCGGCUCGAACUCGAGGCGGAGAAGCAGCAAAUGUUAGCGUCAAAGAGCCGCGAAGAGGCUAGGAAGGCUCAGGAGGAGUUGGCUCACAUGCAAGAGCUGUACGAUCGUGCAGCCCUUCAGCUGAGCAGAACGAAGGAGCACGAGGAGAAAUCGAAGGAGGACUUAGAUAGGUUAACGGUGGACCUGCAAAUGGUUCGUGAACGUUACGAGAAAUCUCAGAUCGAUCUUCGUAGACUGCAGAACGAACGGGAGAAGCUUGUAGCGGACAACGAGCGUAUCAACUUCGAGCUGGAACGGGCUCAUUCGCAGCUGAACAAAGCGCAGGCUGCCACUGACAAGACGCAGGAGGAAUUGGCGCGUAUGCAGGUGGAGAUCGAGAAGAUGUACGAGAAACACGAUCGUCAACAGGCCGAAGUGAGGAAAGCCCAGGCGGAGACGGAGCGACUGCGCGUGGAGGCGGAGAGCGCGCGCGAGGAGUCCGAGAGGUACGCGGCAAGGUUCGGCAAAUACCAGGAGAGCCAAGAGCGGCAGAAGGAGGAGCACGAGCGGGCGAAGCUGGAGGUGGAGCGGCUCCGCGACCGUUUGGAGAAGGCGUUGACGGAACUGGAACGCGCGCGGAAGGCCGAGCAGGACGCCUCGAGGCUGCGCGCCGAUCUGGAACGUGCGGAGGGGGUGCGAGGUAAAUACGAGUACGAGCAAGAGAAGUGGCAGAGCGAGGGUAGUAGGCUACAGCAGGAGGUGGAGAAGCUCCGUGAACGUUUGGAGAUCCGCGAGACAGAGCUGCACGAGGCGCAGCUACAGUUGGAGAGGUCGCGUGACGAGACCAACAAGGCGGCUGCGGCGCAGGAAAAGAAUCGCGGUGAGAUCGAACGCGCUCGUAUAGAGACGGAGAAGAUACGCGACCGUCACGACAAGGUGAAGGUAAAAGCGGACGCCCUGGAGGCCGACAACGAGAAGCUACGGGUGGAGAUUAUCCGGUUGGAGAGGCUGAUGCAGACCGAGGGUAAGACCAGAUCGGAGAGCGCGAGCAUCGAGGUAGAGCGAUUGCGCGCUAGCCUCGACAAGGCAAUAGUCGCGCGCGAUCAGGUGGAGCUCGAGGCUGGCAGGCUGGCCAAGGAGCUCGAGGCAGCGCAUAUGCAGACGGCAAAGUAUCAGGAGGCCGCCGAAGCGAACAAGAAGGAGCUCGAACGUUUGGCCAAUGAGAUGCAGCUGAUCAGGGAUGAACGAGAGGGUAUGAGACAGGAGCUGAGACGAUUGGAACAGCAACAGCAGCAGCAGCAACAGCAGCAUCAGCAACAGCAGCAGCAACAGAUCGCUGGUAGCGAGGAGCUGGCGCAUCUGCGGCACGAGUUGCAGUUGGCACAACGCGAACGGGACAAGAUGGGCGCUAUUCUCGAGAACUGGGAGAAACACACGGAGAAGACUGAGAAGAUGAAGGAGAAGCUCGAGGCCGAGGCGAAGCAGCUACAAGUGGAGCGUGAUCAGCUGGUGAUACAGUUGGAGAAAUCGCAGGAGAUGUUGGUCAACUUCCAGCAGGAGUUGAACACGAACGAGGCUCAGAUGAGAGAGGUGCACCGUUUGACACAGCAGGUGCAAACUCUGACCGACGCGCAGACGAAGGAACGACAGAGGGCUGAGCUGGCCGAGAAACGCAUGCAAGAGAUGCAAAAGAUGAUGGCCUCGAGGGACGCGACGGGGGCUGCAGCCAGCGAGCAACAGAUGGAGAAUUGGAAGAAGGAGCUCGAUCGCACGCGAGAGGACCUUGAUCUGGCGUCGGUCGAGCGCGAGCGUCUCCAGAACCAACUCGAAAUGCUGUUGCAGGAACUGAAUAACAGUCAGAUGAAAUUGCACGAGGCUCAAAUGAAACUCAAGGCUGGCGCUACGAAGGCUGGCACCGAUUCUACUCAAGAGAGAAGACAAUUGGAGGAACAGAGACGACAACUGGAGGAACAGAGGCGACAUACGGAAGAACGAGCGAAGGCCGUAGAUCAGAAAGCUAGAACGAUGGAGGAGAAGGAGAGGACGCUCCAAAGUCUCGACCAGGACCUCAAGAAACGGAAAGCGAAGAUGGACCAGCUGGAGCAGCAGUUAGAUAGGAGCGGUGGGUCGCCAGACAAAAGGUUGGCGGAAAUACAGAAGACUCUCGAGAACACGGAAAAGGAGCUGGAAAAAGCGAAAGAGGAGUCGACCAGAAACGCAGCCGAGACAGAGAGGCUACUGCAGGUAAUGCAGAUGACUCAGGAAGAGCAGAACGCCAAGGAGAGACAAAUCAGAGAACUUCAAGAUGCACUCAAAGCCGCACAAGCCAAGUUGAAACAAGCCGCAACUGCACAGCAACAAGAGAACGCGAGAGAGCACGAGGAGACCAGGAAGAUCGAGCUGGAGACGAAAGACAGAAGGAUCACCGAGCUGGAAUUAAAGGCGUCCUCCUUGGAAAGACUACUGAAGGAGUCUGUCUGUUCUAAAAAGAUGAAGGACGCGAAGAACGUCAGUUUGGAGGAGGAAGAUUUGAAGAAGGAGCUAGAAUCGAAGAAUCGAAGAAUCGCGGAACUGGAGGACCAACUGGUAGCCUGUAAGAGUGUGAAGAAUACCAACAACGAAUGUACCCAAAGUUUGAAACUAACGGAUGAACUGAAAGGGGAGAAAGAGACAUGGAGGAACGAGAUGGAGGUGAAGAAUAAACGUAUAGAACAACUGGAGGACGAGAUAGAGACCCUGAAGGGUUUGAUGACGGAGUCCAAAAAGUGUAAAGACAACGAAACUAGAGUACAAGAUAAUAACGAGACCUGGAAAGUAGAGCUUGAAGGGAAGAAUAGGAGAAUCGUCGAGUUGGAGCAGGAAAUGGAGUCCCUGGAGAAUUUUCUUCGAGAACACACGGAUACUGUAAGCGUAAGAGAGUUAGAAAUGGUGAUCGAAAGAAAGACUAGGAGGAUAGAGGAACUGGAAGAUACUGUGGCUGAGUUUGAGGAUUUUCUGAAGCAGAAUCCUGACGUGAAAGAGCUGCACGAUCUUCGUUGCCAGGUGACAGCUGGAAAUAGACGGAUUCAAGAGUUAGAGAGGUGGAUCCAGAAGAAUGGUGAAAAUCGAGAGUCUAGAAUCGAUCAGGAGAGAAUCAUAGAGCUUGAAGAAAUGGUUACGCAAUUGGAACAGUAUGUGAGAGAACAUAACGUGGAUAUUUUAAAGAGGAAGCUGCAGGAUCGUGAGUGCAGGAUCGAUCAGCUGCAGAAUCGAGUAGGGUACUUAGAAAAGGAGCUACUGAAGAUUGAAGAAACCCAUCGAGCAAAAGAACAGCACAAAGAUUGUCGGGAGAAAGGUACAAUAACAAAAAUGGAGGAUUUCUCGUGCAACCAUGUGACAGAGGGAAAUUCAGAAUUGCGUGAAAGGGAGCAGAGGAUGAAGAAAAUGGAGCACGCGAUAUCUGAGAAGGACAAUAAGAUCCAAGAGUAUGAACAAGAGAUAAUGGGAAGUAAGGAUGAAAUAACGAAGCUGAGGAAAGAGAUAGUUGCCUUGAAGAAGGAACUCAGCGAAUACGACGACAUUGGAGUGCUGAAAGAGGAAAUACGAGUAAGGGACGAGAGGAUCCAGCAAUUAGAGGAUGAAGUGGACUCUCUCGAGAGGGCUUUCAGUGAGAGAAUCGAUCUGGAACAGAUCGAGGAAUUGGUGAAUGUAAUUAAAGAGAAGGAAGACAAGGAGAUACAGUUUUCAAAGGAUCUGAUGGAGAAGAGGAACAAAAUUGAGGAGCUCAGUGAAGCUCUUCGAGAGAGUGUUGUUAUUACCAGUAACUGUGAAAGGAAAAUGAUAAGUGAGGAGAGGAUGAAGAAGGAGGCUCUUCAAAGGAUAGCUAAGUUGGAACAGAGGAUUGCAUCAAUACAAACAGCUUCUGCCUUGAAAUGUAUCACCUGUCAACCUCUUCUUUCUAAGCUGCAGAAAUACGAGAUGAAACUCGAACGUCUCGCUGAAGAGAGAACCAUGCAACUGGAAGAUCUCCGUCAAAUGAAACGAGAAGCUCUGAAAGCUGCAGUGUCCGAGAAAGACGCACACCUGGCUCUGCUGGAGCUUUCUGGGAUAAAAACUGUCGCACAGUCCGAGCAAGCAGAUCAGCUGAAAGCAGACAGGAAGAGGCUACUGGACAUGCUAAAGAAAGAGGAUGAGAAAAGCAUCGAAUUAUCAGUGGAAUCCAGUCCAUCUAGUUCAGAAGGAACACCACAUCUACUCACGAAGCUUUUGGAAACGUCCGACGACGACGACAACGACGAAGAUACUCUAAACGAUCGUCGCAGCGAAUCUAGUUCACCGCGACCGGCUACGACGAAUGGCGACAGCUGUGCUCACGUAAAGAAGACGUCGAAGGGACCGGAAGCGAGAAGCAAUCGAGAGCAACCGUGCAAGAGUCAUCAUCAGCAGGAUAGCAGAUAAGUAAACCAGGCCACGUAACGAUGUAGAAAACGAACAAAAACAAAAAAAAAACAAAUCGGUCUCUUCGUUUCUUCGAUGUUGUCACGUGCACACACACGCAACCGUAGAAGCAAUCUAGAGCAUUUCUAGAGCCUUAGAGAGAGAAAAAGCAAAACAAAAAAAUACCGUCGACACACAGGCAACCGAGAUACCUCAUCGACUUCGACUGCCACAAUACGGCUACAUUCUAUCAUCCUUCGCCAUUUCAUCAUCAUCACAAUCAUCAUCAU